AUGGGGCCAAUUUUGGGCUGUCUUUUUCUCGCUGAAGGCCUGCUGUGCAUCAACUGCGCAGCUCUCGUAGCCGUGGGCCUUGGUGGAGGUGGUCUGGAUGUCUUUGCCGCUUAUGCCAACGUAGUGAUCCUGCCUUUCAGCCUGGUAUCCUUGCUGACUGCGCUCAUCCUGGCGGGCAGUUCCGGCUUGUCACCCCCAGUCCACGAGAUGGUUAGUGUAGGUGCCAUCUGUGCAAUCCUUGCAGUGCUUUUGGUAUCUCUGGCUCUGGUGUUGGCCUGUUUAGGUAUCUUUUCGCAUUUCGCCAUCACCAAUCUCUUGUCCAAAGCCGAGGCCGCAGCCCGUGUGGCGGCAGAGCAUGCUCAGGCGUCCUUGGAGGCAACGGAGGAAUAUCGAUUGCAGCAGGACGCCGAGCUGGCGAAAAAGAAGCCAGCGCCGCUGGGCUGGCGUUCCAGGAAGGUUCAGCCGGAGGAGAUCCCAGGACUCGAGGAUGCUAAGUCCAGCAUGAGUAAGUCUCACACGGAGGCUUCCAUGUCCAGUGCGCCUAGUGCGUCCAGCGCACCAAGCGAAACACCUCGAAGAAAUUCGGCCUUGAAGAUGUCCAUCUUGGCCAUUGCAGACAUGCCCACUCAGCCGGAGGUUACUACCUUGGCUGAGCAUGUCUCGCUGCCAGUGCGGAGUGUCGAAGAGGCUGCACCCAGUCCAGCCACGGAGCAGUGCAUGCGCAGCUUUGUCCAGAGUCCGGAGGGUGCCAUCUAUGCGCAGCGCUUUGGACAGUCCUCCGUGCCACCCAGUGCGCGCGAGGCCGCGGAGUGGGUGCCCAAGGUGUCGCGCAGUAGCGGAAUGCCUGGAAGCUCAGCCUCCACAAGGGACUUACUAUGUGAAUGUCGAGACUGGCGAGACACGUUGGACGCCCCCUGCCACAAACCCACAAGAAGCUUGGUCCGGUCAAGAGGCUUCAGAGCAGGCGCCGCAGUGGAAGAAGAAGCGUUUGAAGAACGGCACGGUUAUCUCGGUCAAAGCCUGAAGCGCAUUGGGCGCAAGCGAUCACCCUUGGGGUUCAACAAAGCUCAUGCCGAAUACGACCAGCCGGAUUCUGCUCCCAUCACCUGCGAGUAUAUCGUGAAGGCCGUGAAGGAUGGGCUCUAUGACGGCAAGAGCUUUUAUCGUAGCGACUUUGUGAUCCAAUGUGGUCUCUAUCCGCAAAAAGCGCCCAGUAACCUCUCACGCAACGAGACCAAAGAUGGUGUCUUCGUUUCCAACACGCGUGGUACUUGUGCCAUCGCUCAUUUUGAUGUGCCGGACAACGGCAACACGGAAUUCUUUAUCAAUUUGCAGGCAAACACGCAUUUGGAUGAUGUCUAUGGUGGCUUUUGCGUCUUUGCCGAGGUGGCUGAUGAUGCGUCCUUCAAAGUGGUGGAUGCCAUUGCUGGUGCUGUGAAGGCGAAUGGUAGCGUGAAGAUCUACAGCAUCACAGCCUCAUAGGGCAAGCGCCAUGCCGGAGAAAAAGCCAAGCUGCAACUGGUUGGUGGUAUACCUACCCCUGU